GCUCAGAAUGGCAUUGUCUACAACAGCAACCUUUAAUUCCUCUCCCAUUCCAUUUCCUCAAAACCAAACUCCAAAAACUUCAAGGUAUUUCAACCAAAUAGACUUCAAGACUGCUCUUACUCCAGAAAAAUGGGGCAUUACGCAAGGAAACACAUUGAAUUGUACUUCAAAUCGUUUCAUCUAUGAACGCACUAAAGAUGAUUUUAGCAUCGAGCAUCAUCAGAAAAAAUUGAGGGCAUUGAAGCAUAUCCUAAGGAAUGUGAGUGAAGAUGAUGCACUCGAAGAUUUGUCCAUGGUUGAUGCAAUCCAACGCCUUGGAAUUGAGUAUCUUUUCAAGGAGGAAAUUGGUUCCAUUUUACAAAGGCACUCUACCAUACAUAGAACUUACAAUGAUAAUGAUCUUCAUGAGGCUGCCCUUCGCUUUCGACUGUUGAGACAAGAGGGUUACCAUGUUCUUGCAGCAGGAGUAUUCAAAAACUUUAAAGACAAGGGGGGGAAAUUCAAGCAGAAACUAAAAUACGACAUCAAAGGACUAUUGAGUUUAUAUGAAGCUUCACAGCUGAGUACAGGAGAAGAUGUUCUUGAUGAAGCUGAAGACUACAGCUACCGGCUUCUAAAUUCAUGGGUGACGGAGCUUGAUCAUAAUCAAGCUAGAGCAGUAGAGAAUACACUUGAGCACCCACACCACAAAAGCUUGGCCAGGUUCAUGGCAAAACACUUCAUUAUAGAUUUUCAGGGGGAAAAUGGGUGGAUGAAUGAACUGCAACAAAUUGCUAUUUGGGAUUUCAAGAGGGUCCAAUCUCAAUACCAACAAGAAAUUAUUCACAUAUCAAGGUGGUGGAAAUUCGUCGGUUUAUCCCAGGAUAUGAAGUUCGCAAGAAACCAACCACUGAAAUGGUACAUAUGGUCCAUGGCAAUCCUCACAGAUCCAAGCUGGUCUGAGCAGAGGAUAGACCUUACAAAACUCAUCUCUUUUAUUUACCUAAUAGAUGAUAUUUUUGAUGUUCAUGGGACGCUCGAUGAACUCAUAUUAUUCACGGAAGCUGUCAAAAGAUGGGACAUUGCUGCCGCUGAACAAUUACCAGACUACAUGAGGACAUGCUUCAAUGCUCUUGACAAAGUCACUAAUGAAAUAAGCUACAAGCUCUACAAACAGCAUGGCUGGAACCCCGUAGACUCCCUGCGAAAAACGUGGGCAAGCUUGUGUGAUGCUUUUCUAGUGGAAGCAAGAUGGUUUGCUUCUGGGCGGCUGCCAAGUGCUGGAGAGUACCUGGAGAAUGGGAUUGUAAGUUCAGGUGUACAUGUAGUUCUAGUUCACAUUUUCUUUCUACUGGGUUAUGGUGUAUCCAGCGAAGCUGUGGAGUUCAUUGACAAUAAUCCUGGCAUAAUAUCUUCUUCAGCUACAAUUCUUCGGCUCUGGGAUGAUUUGGGAAGUGCCAAGGAUGAGGGACAGGAUGGGCAUGAUGGUUCGUACGUAGAAUGUUACAUGAAAGAAUAUAAAGGAUGUUCUGUAGAAACUGCAAGAAAGCAAGUAACACAGAUGAUUUCAGACGCAUGGAAGCAACUAAACCAGGAAUGCCUCUUUCCGAAGUCAUUUUCAUCAACUUUCUCCAAGGCUUGUUUGAAUCUUGCAAGAAUGGUCCCCUUGAUGUAUAGUUAUGACGACAAUCAACGUCUUCCAGUCCUUGAACACCAUGUCAAGUCUCUACUACUCACAGAAACUAUGUCCCUCUAGAACAAAUCACCCUCAGCAACUAAUAUUUACAUAAGGAGGCUUGCAAAUGAGAAUCGAAUUCUCUAUUUUCUAAUAGUAUAAGAAGAUAAACCAGAAAUUGUAGUGUUUCUUUGAAUCUUGCAAUAAAUAAUUACUUGUCAAA